AUGACGCUGAUGAACAACUUUCUUUUCGUUUUAAUAGUAUUUGACGUCUGCAGUUUGAAAUUAACAGUCACAGGCUGUCAGAGAAGAUGCGAACAAAGCAGAGGAAGUAUUGCUGAAACGGGUAUGAAACAUCGUGCUAUACAGGGACACAGCUUCAAAAAUUAUACGCUGUCGAAAGCGUAUGACUGUCAUGUAAAAUGCUUCGAAAAGAAAUGUAAAUGCAAGGUGUACCAAAUAGGAAAAAAUCAGUGCGAAUUGCUGGAUGAAGACAGAUUUUCUGCCCCUGAAGACUUUGUCGAAGAAGAUGGAUACGUUUAUUUUGAUAUGAGUAGAGAAUACGUCAACCAGGUAACCAAUAAAUAGUACCGACUUUCAUUAAAGUCAGUAAAAACAAGUAAAUUAGGGACCUCAAGCUACUAGCGUUUCCAUCUUUGACAAAACAGAUGAAAGAAUCGGGAGUCGCCUUGAGGUUGUCAUAAUCGCGUUUUGUCAGGACCUCAUUGUUUUGAUCGGCUAACACUUAAUUGUUUAACACGCACCUCAGUUCUCAUACUCAUCUUUUUCCCAUCUAAAAGGACAUGUUUUCAAAUUUUGUGUGUCCCUCUUAAAAAAUCCGUUCAAUUUGUUAAUUAUUAAUUAAAUCGUCCUCGUUUUAAACAUAAGAGGCUUACAGUUCUUCACAUGGUGCAUGUUUUCCGAAUUGCCAAAUUUUGUAAUCACCAACUAUCUCAGUCAUUUCAAGAACUCCUUGUUUAGCCUCUUCUCGUAUUUUAUAAACAAGAAAAACCAACGGAAAGGAAACAAUACCUUCAUAGAUAUUUUUUUUAUUCUUGGCAUUGUCAGUUUAUUAAUAAACGGAUUUUUUUAGGCCGAAGAGUAAAAUAUUUCGGAUUUGCAUGUGUGUGUGUGUGUGACUGUUUGUUUGUGCGUGUUUAUAUUUAUUAGUUAUAAGAAGCUGUCUAACAGCUACAUCUUCUUUGGGGACACAUAUGUGGAUUCAUGCGUGAGAAUUUUCUUCCACUCUUUUACAAAAUUUUUUAUCGACAGUUGACGGAAGCGAAAACCGAUUGCCUCUGUUUACAGUGCAACAUUUUUAGUUUGCUUCUAUUUUUUCUCAGGCGUACAAGAAAAUAUAUCCCACCAUCAAACAUGUGGUGCUUGUGAUUAUGUGGGAGGAGUGGGCGCAUUUUGAUUUUGCUAUGUUAAAAAAUCAAGAUUUUGGCAAACCUAAAAGUGGAACUCCCAUAAUGAUACUGAUAAUAAAGAAACAAAUUUAGACCGUCGCAGUAAUGAGUGCCUGUAAACUAGCAUGGAUAAGCUAAGUGCACUUUCCACUAUAAAAAAGCCGUUAAACCUUUUUAAACCUUUGACUAGAGAUUUUAUUAAUGAGAUGAGCGAAAAUUGUCAAACUAUAACUAUUCAUUUAUCAUAAUAAUUAUAGUUUCUACCUGCACUUUUAACACACUUUUCUCUUGUUGUACUUCUAAUAGACAUCUGCAAAAGAAGCGUGCAAAGGGCGACUUUGCAUUAACCAGUGCUGCAAUCAAAAUCCACGUGCUCACGGAGGGAUCUGCACACACCUAUGUGAUGUAGCCAAACAAAAGUUCAACUGUACAUGCUCUGAGCGAUAUUUUGGCAGAUAUUGUCAAAGGCAGGGUGCAACAUCCUGCAAAGAGCAACGGCAGAAAAAGGAAGGGAGCAAGUCAGGAGUCUAUCAACUGUUUGACCCAGCAACUAAUUCCAUGUACGAGGUCUUCUGUGAUAUCAACUCUGAAAAGAGAUUCGUUUGGACUCUGAUCGAAUCUUUCAGCCUUCGCAAUAAUAAUGAAUUUUGGGAUAAAGCAUUCUACAAAAACUAUCCGAUAAAUCAGAAAGAAUUUACUUGGAGCAAGUUUCGUUUAUCUCGCGCUCUUAUGAUGGCCACAGCAAACAACUCAACUCACGUUCGAGCAACGUGCAACUUUGAUAGUGAAAAACGCAACUACAGAGAUCACUUAAGAGCCAAGUUAAGUGAUCUCAAUGUUAUGCAUUUUAAUUCUGUCGAAUGCAAAAAAUUUGAAUUCGUUAGCGUUCGAGGAUAUAACUGUAGCAACUGCACAGCCCUUUUUGGCCAAUCUGACUAUAUGCAUGCGCACACCGAUUCUUAUUGGGGUUCUCAACAACAGUAUAAAUGCCAGUUUACCAGCGCAUUAGCAGGUGCUGUUAAGAGACCUGGAGGCGAAGAUAACUUCGGUCAUUAUGAAACAGUCAAUCUGAAUCACACAUGUACGUUGAGUGAUGAUUCUACUACUCAGUGGUGGUUUGGAGUACAUGAAUGAGCUUCAAUAAAAACUGUCACAUUUAGACAUUAACCCCUAUAAUUAUUGGGCCUUUCAGGAACCUAUUUAGGGUGGCUUAGGAGGAUCCCCCUCCCCCCACCACUUUAACAAGAAUACAGCCACCAAAAUUAGACAGAUUAAGGUCAUCAUGAUAAAUCAUUUCCAACAUCUAGAUUGACACAACUACGUAAUGUAACGUUAUUGGGAAUGUCGUAUUGUUAAAUUUAUUGGCAGCACCCAAAUUUCAUCAAAUUUUCUUCUCAAUGUAAAGAUAAGGGAAAAAAUACUUUAUAAGAAAUAAGGCUCAUCAUCAAACAUGAAGAAUUGUGCAAGUCGAGGAGGAUUAAUUAAACCUCAGUGAAUAAUAGCUUCCGUAAUAUCUUAGCUUGUAUACACAGCUCUUUAUAUCAUACGAAAUCCGAAUUUAAUAAUUGCGAUGAGCCAAUAACGGUCCUCCGUUGAGACAGUAAAUAUUCAGUUCUCUUCUUUGCUCCGAGAGGUUUUUCGCCUAGUAACCCGGAUAUAUUUUCUUUAUUUCUUUAUUCAUUCCUUUAUUUUAUUUAUAAACAUAGUCCAGUUUUUUGUUUUUUUUUUUGGCAAAAAAUGGGGGUAUAUAUUUAAGACCUCAAAGGGGCUUUUGAAAUGCUAUUUGCCGAAGCCGAGAACUGUGCAUGAUGAGAUAGCAGCCAGGGGACAAAAUUCCUUACAUCAUAUUCCGUUUCAUCUCAUGGGUUCUAUCAACAUCAUUUAGGUAAACUAAUGCUAUGUUCUAUUAAAGGUAAAUAUGUGUAGAAUUUCAUGCUGUUUGAGAACAGCAAGCCCAUUUCAUUUGAGAUAUUUUCAAUUUAAGUGAAAUGUUAAUCUAAUAUUGAAUUCAAGCAUGGAAAGGAACACUCGAUAUUAAAUCGUACGCCCAAAUAAUGACGCUGAUGAAAUAUUAUCUUUUCUUUUUUAAUAUUCUUUGACGUCUGUAGUUUGAAAUGAAGAGUCGCAGCCUGUCAGAGACGAUCCAUGCAAAUAAAGCGGUGUUGGUAUAAGUAAAACGGUUAUGAAACAUCUUGCUAUGCAAGGCACCCCCCUUCAAAUAUUAUACGCUGUCAAAAGCGUAUGACCAGCUUCGUUUCCAGGGUACUCUCCUGGGGACGCGAAAGAGAGGACCCUGGAAAGAGGCUAGUGUAUGAAUGUCAUGACUGUGAAAUACAUCGAUGAGAAAUGUUCAUGCCAGUCGUACUAAAUAAGACAAAAUCGAUGCUAGUUGCCAAAUGAAGACAGAUUUUCUGCCAGGACGUCCGUGUGUUUGAAUUCGACUAAAACGAAAAUAUGUUUCAAACCUUAAAUUUUCAAUAGCCGUGAUAGAUUAUUUUAUAAAAACGUUAUAAAUGACUUACAUUAUUCUUAAGUAGCGUCAGAAUGCUGCUUAUUAUAAAUAUCAUAUUUCGAUGCUAGGAAAUUUUUUUUAUCAGUCUUCCAUUACGCUACCAAGAAAAGCUGAGCUUGUUAAAUUAUAAUGUAGAAAAUUCGUUUAAGAUUUCAUCGUAAUUAUCAUAGUAAUGAAAAUCGAGGUUAAACUAUUUAUGGGGAGAUUGUUACAUUGCACUGCAUGGCGUUGUUUGCUAAAAUCAGCAUGAACCGACUGGGAAAACAGGUGAAAUAAAUAACAACAUCGACCGUUAAUUAUUGUAACUUUCACUGUUUGCGUUUCCUGACGUCUACAGUUUCCCAUGUGUAAUUAUGAUAAUAUUUUGUUCUAUUUAUCUAACUGAGGGAGCCCAUUCCUUAUAAGCCCGGUGGCUUCUCUUGGGCUUCCUCGCCAUGAGAGUUUAAGUAAUUAGAUUUCAUUUGAUUAAAACAAUAAACAAUAAACAAUUUCGUCUGCCUUGAGCAAAUACUGCGUGGGUAAAUUUGAAGAGAGUAGGGGAAACGUCAACCAGGCGGGUUUGAAACAUCGUGCCUUGUUAGGCCAUAGUUUUCAUAAUGAAACAUCAUCUACAUCUUUUGACUGCCACGUGAAAUGCUUUGAUGAGAAAUGCAGGUGCCAAGCGUACCAAAUCUGGCAAAAUCGAUGUGAGUUGCUGGAUGAAGACAGGUUUUCCGCUCCAGAUGAUUUCGUCUUCCGUGAAGGAUAUAUUUACUUUGAUAUGAAUAGGAAUUAUGUAAACCAGGUAAGAAGUAAUUUUAACGCUUUUUCGGCGAUGUAAUGGACAUCUAUAGCUGCGUGGCAAGUGCGUGGCUACGUCUCUUUGUCUACAUUUCGUUUUUUCGUUUCGAAUUUCACCACCCAGCCAUGUCUUUUUAUCUUUUAGGUUUCAAAGAACAAAGCAUCAUCCCUAAUUAAACCUUGCAGUAACCAGUGCUGUAACCCGAAUCAAUGUGCCAAUGGGGGCACCUGCACUGAGUUAUAUGAAGACGCUAAAAACAAAUUCAACUGCACAUGCGGAAUAGGAUAUUACGGCAGAUAUUGUCAAAAACGAAUUGUCGCAUCAUGCCACGAGCAACUGCAAAGAAACGAAGGAAGCCAGUCUGGAGUCUACCAACUUUUUGACCAAGCAACUAAGGCCUUGUACGAGGUAUACUGCGAUUUUAACUCUAGUGAUGGAUCUGCUUGGACGCUGAUCGAGUCAUUCAGCUUUUCAAAUAAGGCAGAUUUUGCAAACAAGGAUUUUCAGGAAGACUACCCCAUAAACCAAAACGCGUUUGCGUGGGAUAAUUUUCGUUUAUCAUUAUCCAGGAUCACAACUACUGCUUUGCUUUCCACACACAUGAGGGCGACCUGCAACUUUGACAUGCAUGGACUUAACUACACUGAUUACUUGAAAGCAGCAUUGAGCGAAAUAAAUCCCAUCACUAGCUUGUCCUUCGAUAAGUGUCACCGAUAUGAAUACAUCAACAUUCGAGGUUAUAGCUGUAGUAAUUGCACAACUUUUAAUUGCACAAGUAACUUUUCUCAGUCAAGACGUUUUCAUUCUCACGUCGAUUCGUACUUUGGAACGUACAUCGAUCAUUGUGAGCUUAAAACGCCAGAUGCGGUGGGUUCUUCAACCCGUGAAGAUAACUUCGGAUAUUACAAAACAUUUAAUCCUAUACAUAGGUGUUCGUCUUCGUCACAA